AUGGUACCCUUCUCUCUCUGCCCCUCUCACCCCUCCUCUUCUCCCCAACUCUAUCUCUCCCACUUCACCGUCACUACUCUCUCCGACCUCUCUGGCCGUAAACGACGAGCAGGUUCCUGCCGUUUUGUGGUGCUCUCCACCCACUCCAACCCCAAAAUCCUCAAGUCCAACCGGAGGUCCCGCUACGGCCAGCCUCUCUCCCCCUACGACGACCAAGAUGAGGCCUAUCAUUUUGCUGACGUGUCCGAUGAUGACUGGCUCCUCAAUGAUGACUUUGCGGAGGUUUCAGAUUUUGUUGCUAAUAGGAAGAAGUCCAAACCGCACAAUGGUUUCGCCAAUGGCCAUUUGAAUGGCGAAAAUGCAAAGGGUGUUGCUGAGAAGAGUUUCGUAAGAAACUAUGAUCAUGAUUCAAAGAAAGCAAGGGAAACCGCCUUGGAUGUAGCUCGCAAGGGAAAGCGCUCUACAAGGAAGAAUAUGGAGGAUAGAUUCCCUCGCCUAUCGGAGGAAAUUGAUAUGGAUGAGAAGUGGUUGCCCCUUAUUGAUUAUCUAAGCACAUUUGGGUUUAAGGAAUCACACUUUAUUCAAAUGUAUGAGAGGCACAUGCCUUCUCUCCAAAUAAAUGUGUGCUCCGCUCAAGAAAGGUUGGAAUAUUUGCUGAGUGUUGGUGUCAAGCAGAGAGACAUAAGAAGAAUGGUUUUGAGACAGCCACAAAUUCUCGAAUAUACAGUUGAGAAUAAUUUGAAGUCGCAUGUUGCUUUCCUGAUGAACUUGGGUAUUCCAAGUUCCAGAAUCGGGCGGAUUAUUGCUGCUACUCCUUCUCUCUUUUCUUAUAGUGUUGAGAAUUCUUUGAAACCGACUGUAAGAUACUUGGUUGAAGAGGUAGGGAUUAAGGAAAAAGAUCUAGGCAAAGUGGUGCAGUUAAGCCCUCAAAUUCUGGUCCAGCGAAUUGAUAUAUCAUGGAAUGCUCGCUGUACUUUUCUUUCAAAUGAGAUAGGAGCACCCAGAGAAAGUAUUGUGAAGAUGGUUAAGAAACAUCCUCAGUUCCUUCAUUAUAGCAUUGAUGAUGGACUGCUGCCUAGGAUUAAUUUUCUUAGGAGCAUUGGGAUGUGUAAUUCUGACAUCUUGAAAGUUUUAACUAGUCUCACUCAGGUACUAUCUUUGUCACUAGAGGAUAAUUUGAAACCCAAGUACAUGUACUUGGUCAAUGAACUGAAUAAUGAAGUGCAUUCUUUGACCAAAUAUCCUAUGUACCUAAGCUUGUCUUUAGACCAGAGAAUUCGCCCUCGACAUAGAUUCUUGGUCUCCUUGAAGAAAGCUCCUAAGGGACCAUUUCCACUGAGUUCAUUUGUUCCAACAGAUGAAUCCUUCUGUCAGCAGUGGGCUGGAACAAGCGUAGAUAAAUAUCUUGCUUUCAGGCAGAGAUUACUGCUUAGGGAGUUUGCUGAAAAAUAUGAAAGAAAGGGAUAGCUCCGACGUUAGUCCUAGAUUAUUGAUAGCAACUUUUUGAAGCAGAGAAGUCUCCUAUAGCAACUCCACUGACUUUGUUGUAGGAAACCAUUAGUAGGGUUUUCCAUGAAGUUCAAAGUCUCCUAUCAUCAUAGUGACAUGCAGAAUGCGGGUUGCCUGGUGGUUGACAGUUUUGAUGGUGCGGUUUGCUUGUUGUCAUAUAGUGUAUAAAUGGUUAUAUCAUGCAACUCCAGUGCCAUUAUUUUGUACAGGAGCUGCUCCAGUUUUGAGUAUAUGGUUACAUUUUUGGACUGAGGCAUCCAAAGGACAUUGUUUUUGAAGUUCUAACAGGUACUGACUCGAAAGAUAAAAGAAGGUCACUCCGUUCUAACCACUAUCAGGUUGUAUUGUAUUUGCCUAUUAUCAUGCGGACAAAUGAGAAGCUUUACUAAAUGCGAUUGUCUUAAAAUUCAAGAGUCUGUUCUUCUAUUAAGCACUUGGAUUUCUCGUAUGAUUUUUGGGUAAGAUGAGUUUGUUACUUAUUCAGCAUUAAAAAUACCAAAAUUUUAUUUCCCUUA